GACUUAUGGAACGGCUGAAGGCCAACUCCUGCCCGACGGAUACGACUUUAGUCUGAGGGCACCACUAGGGGUUCGAACCUCGGCUCAGACCGUCGUAAUUUCGAUCCCCGUUUGAAUUGGACGGGGGAUCGAUCGGAGGGGUAUUUACAAGCCUAUUCCCAAAUUAUCAUUGGCAAAUUCACUCACGUGCCAAGACAUUGUAAGGAAAAAAUCCCAUGGGUGUCAUAUCAGUGUCAGUUCAAACUACAUAAUAUUAACAUCAAUGUCAUUUCGGAACAAAAAACUAUUCUAGUGCACAGAUUAGAUUUUAAUGUAGUUUUUCUAGUUUGAUUUUAAGGUUAUGUAAUUUAAAUUAUUAUUAUUUAUGGCCCAGCAAGUCAAAUAUUUACCUUUAUAAUACGUAUUAAACCAAUUACUAUGUCAGAAACGGAUAAUAAUAAUGUUUCUGAAGAAGUUACAUCGGCUAAUGAAAGUUCAAUUAAGACUGCUAGUACAGAAAUUAACUUGGAAGACAAAUGGCUGAUAAGAGAAUGUGAUCUGUAUAAAGACGAAUAUAAAGAAUGCACAAGUUUCAGAGGUCGAUUCCAGCAAUAUUUUGUAUAUGGUGAACCUAUAGAUUGUAACCAAUGGAAGAAAGACUAUGACAACUGUUGUAAGUGGGAAGAUAGUAAAGAUAUAAAGGCUGCUGAAGCCCUGAUCAAUAGUGAAAAGGCGCGUCGGUUAGAACGAUUAAAAGCACAUUAUAGAAACAAUACAUGGAAAAAACGUGAAUCGCCACCAACAGAUUGGAAUAAACCGCUGCCUGAGUGGAUGGUGAAGAGAGAUGAAAACACAUACCUAGCCCAAAAAUCAAAAGAAAUCAGAGAAGGAAAAAUUGAAGAAGAUAGUAGCUUCUGUUCAAUUAUAUAACAUAAGUAACAUUAGUCUAAUUAGCAAAAUUAAUAU